CCCAUCGGUUGUUUUGACUGGAAAGGAUAGACUCACGAGGGAGUAUUUUUUUGCUCCUCACAAAAGAAAGCGGAGCCGCCGCCUUCUUCGACUUUGAGGAAAAGGUGCGGCCACACGAUUCCAUUCUGCGGAGAAUUGUCAGAUUGCGGCUCAAUGGUAGAACCCGAACACGAAGCUAUCGCCGACUCCGAGUGCUCAGAUGGGGAUGAUGCCAGCGACGACGAACAGGAGGAACUGUGGUCCUCCUCGGACGAAGAAAUCGGCGGCGCCUUAGACUACUUGGACGCCAUUGAUGGUUCGGAAAGCGGCGUUGCUGGAGGCUUUACUUUGCAAUCCACUGGUAUGCGGCCCAAUGCUCACGGAGGAGUGAAGUCUCGACCUAACAAUUCUACCCUCCAACCCCUUUCCAAUCGUACCCAGAAAUUCGCCAAUCACAUAAAGGCUUCUCCAUUGGAGGAAUGGGAGGGAAGGAUAAGUUUUAGUAUGUCAAACUCUGUGAAAACGGAAAUUCGUGAGAGUGUUCGUGAGAUGGCCAUCGGAAAAACUAAAACCUCUGACAAAGCAGACCGGGCAACUGUUGAGCAGGCAAUUGACCCCAGAACUCGCAUGGUUUUGUUUAAAAUGCUAAACCGCAAUGUUUUUAAUGAUAUCAAUGGCUGCAUUUCAACUGGCAAAGAGGCCAAUGUUUACCAUGCUACAAAAUCUGAUGGGCAGGAACUUGCUAUCAAAGUUUACAAGACCUCGGUACUUGUAUUUAAGGACAGAGAUCGAUAUGUUCAAGGUGAUUAUCGGUUCAGAUAUGGUUAUUGUAAGCACAAUCCCAGGAAAAUGGUUAAGACCUGGGCUGAGAAAGAAAUGAGGAAUCUUAUGAGGCUUAAGGCAGCUGGAAUAAGAUGCCCAACCCCCAUUAUUUUGAGGUUGCAUGUGCUGGUUAUGGAAUUCAUAGGCAAAGGAGGUUGGGCCGCACCUAGACUUAAGGAUGCAGAUUUGCCGCUUGACAGGUUGCGUGAGGGUUAUGUGGAGGUAAUUAUGGUGAUGCGGAAACUGUAUCAGAACUGCAAAUUAGUACACGGCGACCUGAGCGAGUAUAACAUCCUCUAUCUUGAGGGUCACUUGUAUAUAAUUGAUGUUUCACAAGCAGUUGAUCUCGACCAUCCACACGCUCUUGAUUUCCUAAGGGAAGAUUGUGUUCAUGUGUCUGAUUUCUUCAGAAAACAUGGGGUAGCUGUCAUGACAAUUAGAGAGUUGUUUGAUUUUAUUGUUGAUCCUACCAUUGGUGAUGAUAAUGUGGAUGCUUACUUGGAUGAGGUUCAACACAAGAUUUUGUCAAGAGGUGAAGUGACUGCAGAGGAUGAGAUUGCAGACUCCGUAUUCAUUCAGUCAUACAUUCCAAAGAGACUGGACAAUGUGAAAAAUGCAGAGGCAGAUGUACAUCGUAUUGUCAGUGGUGAGGACACCAGGGAUUUAUACUACAAAACCAUAACCGGGCUCAAGCAAGCAAUCUCUGAGGCAGAAAAGCAGCACUCUGAGAGAUCAACAAAAGAUGAUCACGACAGCAAGUUGCUUGACAAAAACUCACACGAGUUUGAAAGUGACGAUGAAAGUGGAGCCGAUUCCAGUGAUUCUGAAGAAGGAGAAAGCAGUUCAUUGUCGUCUGACAGUGGUGAUACUAAACCUACAGCAGUGGAUAGGAAAGCUGCUAGGAAGGAGAACAAGAAGAAGGUCAAGGAAGAGAAGCGGGAAGCUCGUAAACAUAAAGUGCCAAAAGCUGUGAAGAAGAAGAAGAAAAAGUUGGCCAAGGCAAAGAAGAACCGCUAGAAAACGCGCACUAAUCCCACAUUGCAGGAUGAUCAUGUCCAAGAGAGAAAUUUUGUAGAGAAACUUUGUGUUGUGCCAACAAGAUGUGUUACCUUUAUUCGAGCAGUGACACUUCCUCUCAUUUGUUGUAUGCAUGAUUCCGUUGCUACCCUUUCUUUGGUGAAUUGCGAUUAUAGCUCACUAAAUUUUGUUGAGUUUAUACCUAGAGUUCAUCAUCCACCACAUUUUCCCUUUUCUUUUCAAGUUCUAUCUUUAAAUAUGUGAACUAGUUUGUGAUACCCAUUGUGUUUUCAAGGGUGUUUUGUGCUAAUACUUUACUUUCAUUUGAGCAGUCCUAAAUAUACUUAGGCUCCGUUU